AUGGCGAUACACCCAGAUGAUGAUGACUCCAAGAGUCAAGAUAAGAUUGAGGGAGCAUUUGGUGGGCAGCGGACCACCACGGCAACGGUGGUGGCAGUGGGGGCUGCUGGGGGUUCAGGUGUCUCCUCUGACAUUCAGGAUCUAAGUGGUUCUGCAGCAGCUGAGAUCUCUGAUGUCUCCACAGCUUUGAUCCAUUCUGCAGGUUCUGCAGGAGCUGGCUCAGAGACCAACAGUAAUGGACAGAAGCUCCUGAAUGGAGGAGGAGGGGGUGGAGUUGGCAGUCAGACAGAUGCUGUGGGAUUCUUUCAGGGUGACGUUUCUCACCUGGGUCUUACAGGAUCCAUAGAGCCAUCUAGCCAUGACUUCCUGCUUGGCAUGAUGGGUGGUGAUGCUUUCGGUCCAGAUGGUCACGUUAACAUCCCAGGUAACAUGACAGCACCCUCUCACCUGGAGCCUUCAGGUGUGACAGCAACUCCACAUGCAGAUCAGAACAGUCUGAACUCACUUGCAGCAGAGACAGAAAAACUGGUUUCCUUCAGCGAUCUUUAUACUGAUCUCACAGGUGGUGCAGAGUCAGUAACCAGGAUUAACGUCAAUCUCACAGCUUCAGGUCUUGGAUUCGGGCAUGAUGUCACAGAGUCUCCAUCCAUUAUGAUCCAAACUGCGUCUGUCGAUGUCACACAGACACAUAACCCAGUUUCAGGCAUUCACCCUCACACAGAUCUGGUUACCAUGACAGCAGACUUCUCUGGGACAGAUACAGGUAUGUCCAUCUCCCUUCAAUAA